AUGAUUCCGGUAACCGCAGCAUGGCCCUUCCAAAAGUGGGGCGUCGACAUAGUCGGUCCUUUUCUACGGUCGAUCGGAAGCGCCCAGUACCUGCUAGUUGCGGUAGAUUAUUUCACCAAAUGGGUGGAAGCUCGGCUGUUUACAGUAAUCUCCGGUUAUAAUGUAACAAGAUUCUUUUGGGAGCAAAUUGUGUGCCGCUUCGGUCUUCCACUCUACAUCAUCAGUGACAACGCAAAACAGUUCGCAGAGAACCCUUUCAAGCGCUGGUGUGAAAAUUUGAAGAUCAACCAAGUCUUCUCUUCGGUUGCCCACCCCCAAGGGAACGGGCAAGUCGAGCAGAUAAAUCGAAGAAUUGUUGACGGGAUAAAAAGAAGGCUGGGGUACGAAGGCAAAGGCUGGGCGGAUGAACUGCCGAACAUUCUGUGGGCUCACCGAACAUUGCACAAGACUAGCAAUGGAGAGACACCUUUCAGCCUUACGUAUGGCACUGAGGCUGUAAUUCCUGCAGAGAUCGGGCUCCCGAAUCAAAGAUGCAAAAACUGGGAGGAGAACGAGCAGGAACUCCGGUCUAAUCUCGAUAUGCUAGAAGAACUUCGAAACAUCGCGGCGAUCAAGGAAGCCCGAUACAAAAAGAAAAUCGAGAAAUAUUACAACGCCCGCACCAAGCUCUACAAGUUCAAAGUCGGAGAUUUUGUACUCCGAAACAAUGAUGCAAGCCAUGCCGAAGCCCCUGGCAAAUUAACCCCGAAAUGGGAAGGACCGUACCGAGUCAAAGAAGCAAGCGAAAAGGGCUCGUACGUGUUGGAGAAAAUUGACGGAACCCCGGUACCCAGAACUUGGAACGGGGUACACUUGAAAAAGUGUUUUAUGUAA